UCGCACAAGCUAAUCGCAUUAUACAGGAUAUGUGUUUGGUUUCAUCAACGGAUUGUAGUGUUGUGCACGAAGAAAAGUUAUGCAAACCUAGAAAGACGAAGCAACAUGCUUUCAAACCAGACAACAGAUUUCAACAAAUGUUAGUUGAGGAACAGCCAAAAGAAGAGAGUAACGAGGCCAUAGAAUGCUUGAAUGAAGACAAUUCAAUAGAAUUUGAGGAAGAGGAAUAUUUGGAAAAGGAUGAAACUAGCAGUGAAGUUGACCAACUUAAACUACACGAUUCGGAACCUGCAAAUCUCAACAAAACAGUGAUUACCACACCUGAACUUUCUCCUAGUAUUGACGAACGAUUGGAAAAAUUAGAAAGAGCAAUGUCUACAGUUUUGGCGAAAUUGGAUAUUCUUCUAGAUAAAACAGUUAUUCCGGUAUCCAUGCGUCGCAAGAGAAAUGACAUAGGAUUUCAAGUGGUCAGUAGCAUAGAAGAGCUGUCAAUUUUAGAAUCAAACUUGGCCCAACCAGAUUAUUUCAAUGAAGUUUCGUCAUGGUUAGAACAUAACAUAUGGGAAAUCACCCCCGAAAAUAGGAUGAUAGAAAUUUUGGAUCUAAUUUUUCAAAAAAAUUUUGACCCUCUGUAGUUGGACCGGCAUAGGUAAGGGAAAAGAAAAAGUUCCUAUGAUGACACAUAAAAAUAUUCUUGAAUUUUUUAGACUUCAUGGCAGCACAGAAGAGGCUGUGGUCACUGUGAUAUCCUACCAGUACAGAGUACACACACACGCACACCACCUCGUUCGUUACCAGAACACAA